AUGGCGCUGGCGGCGGCGGCUCUGGCGGCUCUGGCGGCGCUGGCGCUGCUGCAGCGGCUGCUGCGGCCGCACCUCUGGGCCGACCUGGCCUUCGCGGCGCGGGCGGCCCGGUGCCGGCGGCGGGCGGGGGGGGGGGGGGGAGCGGAGCUGGGACCCGGUGUGCCGGUGGGGCUUUUGGUGGGUAACGAGCCCCGGUUCGUUUGGGGCUGGUUGGGGCUGGCGGCUUUGGGAGCCCGACCCGCCUUCCUGGGCACGGCGCUGCGACCCGCCGCCCUCCGGCAUUGCCUGCGCGCCUGUGGGGCGCGGGCGCUGCUGGUGGCGGACGACCUGUUUGCGGCAGUGGAGCCCAUCCUGCCCAGCCUGCAGGAGGACAACGUCGUGGUGUGGGUGCUGGGCUCGGGGCCGUACCCCCCUGGUGUCGUGGCCCUGCAGGAGCUGCUGGAUGCGGCCUCUGAGGAGCUGGAGCCCGAGGAUGUCUGGCAGCCCGAGGACAUGAACGACACCUGCCUCUACAUUUUCACCUCCGGCACCACUGGUCUCCCCAAAGCUGCCCGCGUCUCCCACCUGAAGUCCAUCAUGUGCCUGAGCUUCUACGACCUGGUGGGAGCCUCCAGCCGGGACGUGGUGUACCUGGCGCUGCCCCUCUACCACAUGGCCGGGUCUCUCCUGGGCAUCGUUGGCUGCAUCGGCAUUGGGGCCACUUGUGUGCUGAAGGAAAAGUUCUCAGCCAGCCAGUUUUGGGAUGACUGUCGCGCCGAGGGGGUCACUGUCUUCCAGUACAUCGGGGAGCUCUGCCGCUACCUGGUCAACCAGCCUCAGCGCCCUGGGGAGCGGGAGCAUGGGCUGCGGCUGGCGGUGGGCAGCGGGCUGCGCCCCGACGUCUGGCGGAGUUUCCUGAAGCGCUUUGGGGCCAUCCGCAUUGUGGAGACCUAUGGAAUGACCGAGGGCAACGUCACCCUCUUCAACUACACGGCCACGCCGGGGGCUGUGGGGCGCAGCAGCUUCAUCUACAAGCUCUUCUCGCCCUUCGAGAUCGUGCGCUAUGACGUGACGGAGGGAGCCCCAGUGCGGGACGCGGCCGGACGCUGCAUCCGUGUGGGAACAGGCGAGACGGGGCUGCUGAUCGCCCCAGUGACCCCCCGGACGCCCUUCCUGGGCUACGCCGGCAGCCAGGAGCUGUCGGAGCAGAAGCUGCUGCGGGGGGUCUUCGCCGAGGGUGACACCUACUUCAGCACCGGCGACUUGAUGGAGCAGGAUGCGGCCCAGUUUGUCCGCUUUCGUGACCGCACUGGGGACACUUACAGGUGGAAAGGCGAGAACGUGGCCACCACAGAGGUGGCCGAAGCCUUGGUGGCCCACGAGUCCCUGCAAGAAGCCACUGUAUACGGUGUCACCGUGCCAGGCCACGAGGGUCGUGCCGGGAUGGCGGCGUUGGUGCUGCGCCCUGGCUGCCAGCUGGAUGGUCCCGCUCUGUACCGGCAUGUGGAGCAGCUCCUGCCGCCCUAUGCCUGGCCCCGCUUCCUCCGGCUGCAGGAGCGCCUGGCAAUGACGGAGACCUUCAAGCAGCAGAAGGUGCGGCUGGCACAGGAGGGCUUCGACCCGGCUCACGUCUCCGACCCUCUCUUCUUGCUGGAUGAGACCACCAAAGCCUACGUGCCCCUCGGCCCCACACUCUGGGAGGGGGUCCUGGAUGGGCGCCUCCGCAUUUAGACCUCGCUUGGGUGCCCUGAGCCCAUGGGUGUCCUGGCAGCGGUGCCCUGAAGUGCCCAACGUCCAUCCCAUCAGCACCAGGCGCUCCACGGACCCCCCAUGUCCGUCCUGCGGGUCCCCACAUCUGUCCUGUCGUCCCUGGGUACCCCACAUCUGUCCUACCAGUCCCCACAUCCAUCCAGCUGUCCGCAGGUCCCCACGUGCAUCCUGCCAUCCCCAUGUACCCCACAUCCGUCCUGUGGGUACCCAUGUUCGUCCUGCCGUCCCCACGUCCGUCCCACUGUCCCCAUGGCCAUCCACAUCCCCAUGCCCCCUCCUCCCUCCACUGAGGGGGUCAUGCCCCCAUCCCUAACCAUGGGGCACCCACCCCCAGCCUUCCUCAGCCACGUGCCUUCCUCCCCAUCCCGGGGUCCUGCUCUUUAUACAUACAAAAAUUUUUUUUUUUUUUUUUUUUUUUGGCAAAUAAAUAAACUCUUUUGUAGCAAGUGUCGGUGCUGUCACCCCCGUCCUGCUGCAAGGGGGGGGUGGUGGUGGUGUUACCCCAGAGGGGAGGAUGUGUCACCCAAAGGCUAAGGCUCGGGGAGAGGGCGAGACCAGUGCCACCGUCCCCACAUCCCUGGGGCUCUGCAGGGACGGAGGGAAGACUCAGGAGGUCCUGCUUAGGAUGGGGGGGGUGGGUCCCUACCUCAAUUCAGGGUCUCCCCCCCACCCCUGCAAACUAUCCCCAGCCAGGACCACCACACCCCCCCCCCCAAGCCCCAAUGCAAUACACCAGCUGCUUCGAAAGUUAUAAACCAUUCCUUUCUUUAUUAAACAUAGCUUGCAAGUGAUAAAUAUUA